AUGAAUAGGAGAGGUGCAGGAGCGGGAGGCUCGUCGAGCUCUCAGAUUUCGAUCGCAAAAUAUCCGCGUAUGGAAGGAGUUCUCAGGGUGUUAGAGGGGAUUGGGAAUUUGAUGGAUAGGCAAGCUCAAGAGCGAGCUAAUGCGACCGCUCAAGCUGCAGAGGCUGUAGCUGCUUUAGUUAAUGAGAAUUCGGGGGAUCCAGAGGCUGCUUCUAAAUGGGUUGAGGAGUUAGAAAAAGCUUUUGCUUUAUUGGGGUGUACUGAAGCAGAGAAAGUGACACUGGCAAUGUACCAGCUUCAGGGUAAUGCAAAUGAUUGGUGGAAAGCCACGCAGGGCCGAGUGUUCCCUACGGGCGUGGAUCAGAAUUGGACGACCUUCGUUCAGGCUUUUAAUGAGAAGUAUUUCUCGGUAAGUGCUCGAGAAAGGAAGAUGACGGCUUUCGUUAGACUGCAACAGAACCAAAUGACUGUGGAUCAAUAUGAGGCAAAAUUUGCCAGACUGUCUAAGUUUGCACCGAGAAUGGUAGACCAUCCUGAGGACAAGGCGCGAAGGUUUCGGGAUGGAUUGAGGGCUGACAUUUGCAGUCAAUUGAUACCGGUGAAUUUGAGAACUUAUGAGGAAUUAUAUGAGAGGGCUCAAGCUAUCGAGCAUGAUAUGACAGAUAGAGCUGCCGCGUCUAGAUCACGUUAUACCUCAGCCAGGGACAAUCGUCAGUAG